AUGUACUAUAAAUUUCCAGAGCUACACACAUAUUCUUCUUUUAAGUUAAAUGGCACAGCUCUGCACGUAGCGAUCGAUUUAAACAAAGAAUAUGUUGUUAAAGAGCUUUUAAAUGCAAUUUUUACACAUAAUGUGCAUAAUAAUAAGGUUGAUGCAUUGGAAAUGGGAAAUCAAAGAGGAGACACAACAUUACACAUUGCAGCAACAAGGGAUUAUGCUAGAAUGUGUCAGUGGAUCAUAGGGGAAAAAAAUGAGAGGAUAUAUUUGUUGAGUCGAAAAAAUGGUUAUGGAGAGACACCACUUUUUCAAGCUGCUAUUAAUUGGAGAGAAGAAUCAUUUACUUACCUUUCUCAUAUUUCUAAAGAGAUAGUCACAUUGAAAAAUCUUGUACGAGAUGAUGGUGAUAGUAUUCUUCACGCUGCAAUCAAAGGAGAAUAUUUUGAUUUGGCUCUAAUAAUAGUACAUUACUAUGAUAUCCUGAUCGGACAUUGCAACAAAGAGGGAUCUACUCCUCUCAAAGUCCUCGCCAGUAGACCUUCAGCCUUUAAAAGUGCAAGCAAGCUUUCAUGGUAUAAGCGAAUUCUAUACCACUGCAUUUUUGUGGAACAACUGGAUGUUGAAAGAACAAUGAAGUCUUAUUGGAUAAAGAUGAAGGCUAAUCAAAAUUCUAUGAAUUUUCCAAAUAACUAUAUUGUUUUAUGUGAUUUCGUUUCUAUAUCGUUAGGUGCCAUUGGUAUCCACGCCACUAAUGGCAACCACACCACUGACACCGACAUUGACACUGGAAAAAAGAUUUCAAAACAGAUGGAACAGUUCAACUCAAAAAACCAGUCCAACGAAGAAAAAUGGUUUGCCACAAACUAUCUGGUCGACGCAAACUGA